AUGAUUGAUGAAAUCGUCAAACCAUUCAACCUUUUGAACAAGGAUGGUUACCCCUUAUUUGUGAAUGCAAGUGUAGUACAUUUUGCGAUUGUUACAAGCUCUCUGAUCAGUUUGUUAUCAUUGCCAGGAGGUUUUCAUUCUAUCAGUGCUGUUGAGAAUGAUGUCUACUGCCUGAAAUCAAUUGAGGAUAGCCUACAACAUCCUUAUAAUUACUUGCCAUUGACUUGGAACUUCGACAAUGCUACUGAAGAAGGAUUCAUCUGUGACUUUACUGGCAUUGGUUGCUGGCAUGCCAAUGAGAACAAGGUGUUAAAUAUUAGGCUGAGCGAAAUGGGACUGAAGGGCCAGUUUCCUCGAGGACUGGAAAACUGCACUAGUUUGGUGGAUCUGGACCUUUCUAACAACCAGCUCUCGGGCCCCAUCCCAUUUGAUAUUGGCCAAGUUCUCAAGUUCAUCACAACUCUUGAUCUUUCAAAUAAUCAGUUCUCUGGCUUAAUCCCACCAUCGAUUGCAAGCUGCAAAUACAUUUCUGUCUUGAAACUAGAUGACAACAGUCUACGGGGUCCAAUUCCACAAGAACUAGGCAUGUUGAAUCGCAUCACGAUUUCCACAGUGGCCAAUAACAUGUUAACAGGGCCGGUGCCGAAUUUCAUCAAAGCAACUCCUCCUGAAGUGAGGUAUGAAAAUAAUCUGGGACUUUGUGGGGCAGCCUUGGAAGUCUGCAAGGACGAUUUAGAUUCCGGUUUGAGCAAUCGAGUUCUAUUCUUAAGUGGAUUCAUGACUGGUUGGGCCAUCACAAUGAGUCUGGUUCUCUUUAUAUGUUUAUCUGGUAUGCCAGUGCUGAGUUUGAAGAAGCUGAUUACUAAGAUGAAAGAGAAGAUAAACGCCCUUGCUGAUGUACAGAGCCUAGGGCCAAAAGCAUUGGAAAUAGAUUACAAUAACAAGAUUGCGCGGCUGGAAAAAUACGUUACAAGAAUUUCUUUUGCAGAAUUGAGCAGUGCAACAGCCAAUUUCAGUCAAGAUAGCAUCAUUGGAAUUGGAAAGAUGGGAACUAUGUACAAGGCAAGACUCCCAAACGGAUGGUUUCUUGCCAUCAAGGGUCUCUUCAACUCAGAGCAGUUGCAUCAAAAAAUUGCAUCUGAGACCAUAACUCUAGGCAAAUUAAGGCACCGGAGGCUGGUGCCUCUAAUAGGAUUCUGCCCUGAAAAGGAGGACUUGUUUCUAGUAUACAAGUACAUGUCAAAUGGCAAUCUUUACAACUGGUUACAUGGAAGAAAAGAUGAGGUGGAUAUUAUGGCACAUUGGGCUUUGAGGGUUAAGGUUGCUGCUGGCAUAGCCGAAGGGUUAGCAUGGCUUCAUCACAAAUGUAGUUUAAGGGUGGUCCAUGGGACCAUAAGCUCAAAAGAUAUCCUGCUUGAUAAGAAUUUUGAUCCCAAAAUAUCAAAUUUCUGGGAAGCAAAAUUCAUUAAGUUAGAAGAUCAAAGUUCAAAUUGGAGUUUUUUCCAGUCAAGUGAUUCUCUGGAUUUGGAUUCUUUCAAAAAAGAUGUCUACUGUUUUGGGAUUAUGGUUCUAGAGCUUAUAACACGGAAGCAACCUCAGCAAGUCAAAAGCUUCAUUGAAAAUCUCUGUGGUACCUCUGUUUCUCAUAAAUUUUCUACUCUGGCUGAGGUUGAUCAAACUCUGAUUGGUCAUGGAUUUGAUGAUGAAAUCAUCCAAUUCCUUCAAGUAGCUGAGAACUGUGUGUUGCCUAAUCCAGAUCACAGACCAUCGAUGCUUCAAGUACAUGAAACCCUGGCAGCAUUUGCAGAAAUCUAUAACUACACAGCUGAUUGUGAGAUGUCCUAUUGA